CAGACAUGAACAACACUUUCCCUGGAGAGAGAGAUGUGUUUAUCUCUGAUCUGCUGUGGGUGGAUGCAUCUGGCUUUGGUUUUCGCUUUUGGCAACACAACUCAUGCAUCAUUGAACAAAUCUACAACUUUGUACAUCCAUCAGGGAAAGUCAGCCAAUGUCAGCUGCAACUACAACCUAACAAAUGACAUAGACAUCUUUUCAGUACAACUGCACAGAAAUCAAACAAUGUGUUCAUAUAUUUAUGUUAACUCAUGGACUAAUCAGUCAUGCAAAAACUACUGUCAUCACCAAAUCAGAUGCAUUUGGAUUCCAGAGACUAGAGAAGCAUCAUUUGAGCUGUUAAAUCUUCAAAUAAAUGAUAGUGGGACAUACAGAUGUACUGUGAAAAGAAGUGCACCGCCACCUGAAAUUAUUCUGGGAGAAGAAAGAACAAGAGUUCAAGUUAUUGCACGUCCUGUAUUGUCAAUGUCCUGUGUGAAGAUACCAGAUGGAUCAUCAAUGAUGCUGUGCAGCUCUGAGAGAUUUUAUCCUCAUUCUCUUGAACAGUUGUGGAUCAGAGAUGGAGAAAUCCUCAACAGCUCAAACUCACACAAACACUUCAAUUACAGCACAAACCCAGAUGGAUCGUUCACUCAGAAAUCAUACCUGGAAUUGGCGCCACAAAUGUUUGCCGCCACAAUCUACUCCUGCUGGAUAAACCACUCAUCCUUAAACGAACCACUGAUGGUCAACUUAUCAAGCUCUUCUUGUGAUGAAAGAUGGGAUUUAUCUUCUUGGGCUGUGACGUUGGGAUUUGUCUUCUCUGCGGUGCUGACUGCCAUUUUUAUUAUUGCAGUCAUGUGUAAAUGUUACAGAAGAGCACAUCAACAGUCUGUGUCUGCAGUAGAUGUCAGCGUUACUCCUGAACUUGUUUACCAGACUCAUCUGCAGUCUGAAAUGCUGUAUUCAACACUGGGUGUUCAUCAUCCAGUCCAAUGUAGCCCUGUCAGAGUCCACUCACCUCCUCACUGAACACUGACCAAAGACAAUACAAAAUGACUUCUCAAUGAGUGCCUCACUCACUACCCUGGUACCAGCUUUAUGUAAUAUAUAGAAAUAUAAUACAGUAUACGUAUUUGUGUGAUAUCAACUACUUUUCUUACCCUAAGAUUCUUUGUCUUUGUUAACAUAUGUGUACCUCGAUAUACCAUAUAUACUGUAUAACAUUUAAAAAAUACCAGUCUCUUUGUUUUGUUAUUCAAGUUGGCCUGUGUUAUCCCCUAAAGACCCCAAAAAUAUGGCUUCACAUUUACUGAGCAAAAUAUCUUCACUGGGUCUCUUUAGAGGCUCUUUUUCUCCAAAGUUAAGUACCAAAAUUGUCAGGAUAUAAGACAAACACCAUAUCAAAACAGCAUGCACAAGCUUGACAGAGGCAGUGACAUUUCACAUUUUCAACUUCAAUACACAAUACCUAAAAAUAGCACUGCAUAUUGUUUUAUAAAUUAACAUGAGAAAAUAGCUUUCAAAGGGCUUCCUGUGACAUGCAUUAAGAUGUACAACUGAAACCUGUGUGCAACAGCAUGCAGUACCUGGGUCUGAGCAUGUCAUACAUGUGAAUUUGUGGUCAUAGUAGGUAAGAAUUCACUCUUUUUUAUUUCAUGUUUUCCCCAUGUGAUCUAACCAUGCACGCAUCAGUGCUUCAACAACCUCCUAUACUGUGCGGUUAAAGUAACCAGACCUUACCGGUUCUGCAGUUCAGCCAUCCAAUCAGAGCACGUUGCUCUAAAAAAAUAGUUUUUGGUAUAGACAAUUACAAACAAAUAAGGGAUAUGAGACACUUGGUUUAACUAUCUGUAAUGCCAUGCACUUUUAGAUGAACUCCAUGCAUUUUAGACAGUGACAUAAAUACAGGUCGUUGUGUUUUCUCUUGGUGUUGUAAAAUUGAACCCUGUGGCCUAUAACCUCUGUUCCCAUCCAAUCAAUGAAUCACUUUUGUUUCUGUAUCAGCAAAGCACAAAAUCAAAAUCUUUAUUUACUCCACUUUAUUACAAAGCUCUCUCGAUUCUGAUUGGUCUAUGACGUCAUCUAGCAGUCUGAUAUUUCUGAGUAACUACAGCUAUCCACAUUUCAGACCGCUCAUCUGGGAAUUGCAAGUCAUCUUGCCUGCUUCUUGUGUCACUCUGCAAUCGCUAUAAGUAAGCUGAUGAAACUAUUUAAACUCAAAUCAAUGUUUCAUGCCCAAUUAUUUAUUGAUUUGGCAAGUAAUCUUGUAAUAAGGUGCAUAAUGUGAAGUCAGACAUUUAGUAUUUACAAAAUAAACACCAACAGAAUUUCAGCCAGAUUUGUAAUGAAAAAUGUCCAAAGUGGACUUACAUUGACUGAUCCAAUCACACAAAUUCUCAAAAAAGCAUCUUGCUGGCUCAAAAGUAUUUGCAUUAGUAUUGUGCCCUACAACUGUUGCCCCUGAAUCAUUUUAACCCCCCUAGGGGCCUUUUACCCCAGGUGAGGGAGCCUUUUAACCUGGUCUUGUGUAAAAAGGCUCCCUCACCACUUUUAUUUUUUUUUUUUCAAAACAACCUUCUGUUGGUAUUUCUUUUCAC